ACAACAGCUACAGCUACAGCUACAACAACAAUAAGUACAAUAGCAGCAAUAACAACAUACAGGUGCCACGCCCACAAUGGUUAAGUGAUAUCAAAUUGAGGCCUGUGAAAACGGGUCGACUAACAACAACAACAACAACAACAACAAAAACAACAGCAACAGCAACAUCAGCAACGACAACAACAACGCAGCAGCAGCUACAACAACAGCAACAACAUCAAGCGAAUGGCUUGCAGCGUCGCCGCUUGGCCCCAAAAACAACGCCGCCGCCGCCGCAGCGUCGUUCAACGCGGCGACUGCGCAGCGAGCAGCAGCAGCAACAGCAGCAACAGCAGCAGCAGCUUGAGGCCGAUGCGGAUACGGAUGCCAGCGAUUUGGCCAACAUGACGUCACCAGUGAGUGCCAGUGCCGCUGCCACGCGCAUCAUUGGCCUCUCGCCGGACGUGAAGAAGCUGCAGAAGCUGCCGCUCUGGUGCCGCAACAACAGCAACAACAGCAACCACAGCAACAACAACAACAACAACAACAACAACAGCAGCAGCAGCAGCGCAGUCAGUGGGCUAACGGCGCAGCGUCGACUAACAACAACACGCCAGAUCCAGCUACACAAUGUGCAUCAUAGCAUGUCGCAGGAGCUAACGAGCACAGCUAUGACCAGCAUUGCCAUGGAGGACACCUCCAAAGUGGAGGUCAUUGUGUACACCAAGUCGGACAAGACGCUCAAACAGAACAUGAAUGCCAAGGACGAGACGCUGCGUAAGCGCACCUCGUUAAUUAUAGUGCCACAGCAGGUGGACGACAUGCUGGACACCGCCGUGUCACAGCAGCAGCAGCAGCAGCAGGAGCAGCAGCAGAAGGAGACGAAGACGGAGCCGGAGAACGGCAAUCGCAAUUCGAUAGCCAGCAUGGAUAGCUGCGUCUCGACCAACACCAGCCAGAGCAAUCAGUCGAGCGCCAGCUCCAGCAGCAGCAGCAGCAGCUCCAGCAGCUCUGAGGAUGCACAUGCCGCCUAUCAGGAUCUACAGAAUGGCAAUGCUGGCGAAGAUCUGGCUGUUAUGCACUCGCCCAGCUGCUCCAGCACAUCGGAGUCGACAUCCUGCUGCAGCUCGGUGGACUAUUCGCUGCGUGAGCAGCUACAGAAUUUUGCCAAUCGCUCGGAUGAGGAGCAACUCAAGUGUCUCAACGAUCUGCCAACUGCUGCACAGCUGCUCAAGGGCAUUGGCCUGCCGGUGGACCAAAGGACCAACAGUGUAUCCGCACACUGUGAUGCCCUGCUCAGUCCACAGGAGGCGCCGCUGGGCCGGCGUUAUGCCGAGGUGGCGCAGUUCAAGGCGCACGGCAAGGCGAGAACAAGUGAACAGCUGACGCCUGCUGCUGCUGGCGCUGGCGCUGCAGUUGGCGCUGCCACGCCCCAAGCAGAGAAAACGGAGGCCCCAGUCAAGAGCAACAACAACAACAAUAACAACAAGAACAACAACAAUGGCAGCGGCAACAAUGCGCAACAGUCACAAAAAUCUCAGCAGCAAUCGAACAACAGCAACAACAACAACAAAUUGAAUGGCCAAUCAAAUCUUAGCCCAAACAACAACAACAACAAUAACAACAACAGCAUGACGCCCAGCAGCCAAGUGGAUGCCAAACACGGCGACUGUCGACGCAGCAGCAGCCUGGAACCGGACGCCGAAGAUGUUGUCGAUCUGGCACAUGGCGGCGCCUUCGAGGACGACACACAGGCUCUGCUGCCCAAAUGCACGCGCCGCUCGAGAGAUGAGCUCAGUCAGUCACGCACAUCUCUAGUCUCCAGCUCGGAGGGCGGCAUUUUGGCCGAGGGCGAAACAUCCAGCGAGGAGAGCUCCCGUGAUUCCAGCGACAAUUCGCCGCCCUGUGAUUUGGGAUUGAUGGAAAGAUUGCUGCUAACGCAUCCCAUGUGGUUUCUGCCCGGCAUUCAGCGUUCCGGUGCCGUGCACUUGCUCCAGGGCAAAGAGGAGGGGACAUUCAUUGUGCGUGGCUCCAGCCAGCCGAAUACAAUGGCUGUGUCGGUCCGUCUGCCCCAGGAUACGGGUCCAUAUAUCGAGCACUAUCUGAUCCAAUCGCAGGAGAACAUACUCAGCCUGGAGAGCUCACGUUUCAAGUUCGGCUCGAUUCCAGCCCUGAUCGCACACUAUGCCCAGUGCUGCGAUGAGCUGCCCGUGCAGCUGAUGCUGCCACGCGUUCUGCGCGAGGCUAACAACCGCAAGAAGCUCUCGUCGCUGGCCCUGCUCGGCCAGGAGUUCUGGCGUUAUGCCAGUAGUCCGGUGGUGCUGGGUCCGCCUGUUGCCGCCAAGACGAUUACAGCUGCGAUCACAACUGCAACCUGCACCGAGCAGCAGCAGCAGCAGCAGCAGCAACAGCAGCAACAGCAGCAGCAGCAGCUUUUGGAUGCCAAGUCGCCGCUCUCGCUGACCGAGACCAGCGGCCUGGGCACAGCCACAUUCUUCAGCGAUGCUCUGGCCGGCAAGCCGGCGGCUGUGGCGCCGCCGCAGUCGAUGUUCAGCCCCACGGGCAGCGGUCAGCUGUUGGGCUUCUUUAGCCAGGCGGGCACACCCUCGGAUACCAAUUCGAGCAUGAGCUCGUUCUCGACCAGCGGCGGCCAGCAUAUGCAGCUGCUCAGUCCCAACUCUGUGGAUUCGGUCAUACUAACCAUGUCGCCGGUGGAUGCGCAGGGCUAUCUGCCGGGCGGAGCUGCCUUGGAGCCGCCAAUGCAGCCAAUGCAGCCGCAUGGCAGCAACAAUUUGAGCACCUUUAAGACAACAUCAGCAGCUGUGGCGAGCAUUACAGAGCUGGAGCAGGUGCGUCCGCAGCGUCCCAAGCCGCCGAACACAUUGAAUCUCAAGCCGCCGGCACCGCCCAUGCGCUGGUCCAAGCCGCAUUCGCCGGAUCAGCUGGGCAAUAAUUUUACGGUGACCACCACGGUUACGUUUUCCAUGGAGAACAACAAUGGCAGCAACAAUGGCGCCAACAAUGGCGGUUCCAAACCAAAUCCCGCACAAUUUGUGGAGGUAACAACGCCCGCCUCGAGCAAUCCAUUCAAUGCGCUCCUCAAUUCUCAGGCCAGCACCAGCACGUUCCAGACCUUCGCCAAGCGUCUGUCGCCCGAGGGCGAGUGCAAAGAUACGCUCUCCUCGCAGGGCUCCUCCUCCAAUGACAGUCGCUGGCAGUCACAAUCACAAUCGCAGUCGCACUCCCAGUCCAGUCGCGACUCCAGCCAGAGCCAGCGCAAGAUGCUCUCCCCAAUGACACCGAACAGCGCUGGCCUCAUGCCCGGCGGCGGUGGCGGCGGCGGCGGCGGCGGCAGCAGCAGCAGCAAGUCACGCAAAUCACGCAACCGCAAGGAAUCCAAACACUAUCAGGAAUCGGACAUACUGGAGAGUCCGCCCGCGCAGUAUUGCGCCAGUGCGCUAAGCGACAAGAUCAGCGACUACGAGGACGUCUGGACGCACGAUCCCAGCGAUCGGGCCAGUCUGCUGACUAGCUUCAAGCCCGGUCUGGAUGCUCCUGGCGUUCUCAACCGACGACCCGAUCUGCUAGCCGAGACACCCAGCACACCCACACAGCAGCUGCUGUCGCCCUGUGAGGAGGGCAGCGGCAAUCACGACACCAGCCAACAGCUGUUGCAGUUCUCCGGCGAUGCACAGCCACGCUCCCGGGCCGGGCUGCUGUUGCCGAACCUGACCAACGCUGGCGCGGCGCCACUCAUGACGCAGUCGCUCACGGAGCAGAGCGGCGGCGAUGAUGGCGGGGAUACCACGCCCACUGCCGCACAGACGCCUGGAUCGCGCAGCAAGCAGGGCAGUCCGUUUUAUGCUGAGCCGGCAGACGCACUGCGUCAGGCUGGCUUCACCAGCGCUGCGGCGGCCAUAUUGCGGCGACAACAACGCAGCCAGCUGCUGCCCGCCAAUCAACGGCACUCGGAGCCGCUCAAGGGCGGCCUGGCGACGACGGCGGCGCCUCUACUGCUGCCCGCCGAGCUGGAGAAACUGGCCGGCAGCCUGGACGAGCUGAAGCAGAAGCCCAAGCCCAUGGCAAUGGCCCAACAGCCCGCCAAGCGCGGACGCAAUCGCAUCGAGCACUGGCAGCUGGACAGCAGCUGGGAGUUUAUGGCCAAGCAAGAGACUAACGGUGGCGACUACGACACUGCGGCCGAUUGGCAGGAGAAAGAGAACUCCUUGGGGCGCGACAAGGAUGCGGCGGGCACAAAGAAGCGUCCACUCACCGUACACCAGAUCAUUGCCAAGCGUCUGCCCGACCUGAAUCUGCCGGAGCUGGUGCGCUGCUCGACGCCGCCCCAGACACAGGCGAUGCAGACACAGACGACGACGGCGCCGCUGCAAGAGAAGGCGAACGUCGAUGGCAGCCAAAAGUCAUUCCAGAGCCAAAACGGAUGUCGGCUCUCCGCGUACGACAACGUGGAACGCAACUGUGCCGCCUUCUGUCAGACCUACUAUGCCGGCAUCGAUUCGGCGCAGUCGGACGACGGCACCGUCUUCUCGGAGCCGUGGGACUCGUCCCAAUGGGACUCCUUUAUGCCCAUGCAGGAUGAUGCUACCAUCAACUCAGACUCCAUUCAUUUGUCGAAGUGCCGACCGGCGCUCUCGGAAGACGACACCAUCAUCGAGGAGUUCAGCAGCACCAAAGACGGCAGCAACAGCAGCUGCAACCAGGAUACGCUCAAGGCCAAUAAAAAUGCCACCGGCGCCGGCGCUGGCAGCAACAACAACAACAACAACAACAACAAGGCAAUACGACCCAAAGUGGCCACCAUUUUAAGAAAUCCAAGCAUGCGGGAUCGGGAGAUACUAUGCCAUCCCCGCAACAAGAUCAACGUACAGAGCGUGGGACCUGGCGACUCGCUGCGUGCAUAUACACUGCAGCUGGCCCAAGAUCCGAGCUCCACAUUUGCCCGCAACAUCGAGAACUUCAUCAGCUGCACCAAGGAGUCCAGGGAGGCGGCGCCCCAGGUGGUGAUGCGCAACAUGCGCCAGUUCAUGAGCGGCAUGAAAAACUAUCUGGUUAAGCAUGGUGAGGGCAAGUUCCAUGCCGAGCUGGAGUCGGCGCGAGCGCGCCUCAAAUCCGAUGAGUUUCUCAAUCUGGAUGCCAUGCUGGAAACGGUGAUGCAUCAGCUGGUGGUGCUGCCGCUGCGCGAGCAUCUCUAUGGCAUCUUUGUGGACUACUACAAGCGCAGCGAGGACAUCCAGCUGCUGGCCCAGAAUGUGCGCUAUGCCUGCGAACGGGAUGCCACGGAUUUUGGCAUACGUGCCACAGUGACGCCGCCAUCACAGACAGCACUGCGUCUCAUUGCCAAUCUGCUGUGGAAGCUGCAGGAGGCGGAGUUGCCGCUGGACAAACUGGAGCUCUUUCUGUGCGUCAUCUCGACCGUGUUCGAUGCGACGGGCUGCCCGCGCGGCCAGCAACUGGGCGCCGAUGAUUUUCUGCCCGUGCUGGUCUAUGUGGUGGCCAAGUGCGGCUUUGUCGGCGCCGAAAUCGAGGCCGAGUUCAUGUGGGGACUGCUCCAGCCGACUCUGCUCAACGGUGAGCCCGGCUACUAUCUAACCGCACUCUGCAGCGCCGUUCAGGUGCUCAAGACGUUCAUGGCCUCUGAGGGUGAAAGCGGCAGUGGCUCCCUGGACUGGCGCUCCAGCUGCUUGCCGGCCUGCUCGAGCGUGCUGCGAGUCAUCAUACCGGACGAGUGCAAUGGAUCGCUGCAGACGCGAACUCUGCCGGUGCGGCCGCACACGACGACGCGCGAGGUGUGCCGCAUUAUAGCGCACAAGGCGCGCAUUACCAAUCCGCAGGACUAUGCGCUCUUCAAGCUAGUCGAUGGCGAGGAGACGCUGCUCACCGAUGCCGAGUGCCCGCAGGAUGCCCGACUCGCUGCCAAGGGCAAGCACUGCAUGCUCGCCUAUAAGCGUAUCGAUGCCAAGAUUGCCUGGCCGACAGCCGCCCAGCCGGGCAGUCAUUGAUGGUGUUUGUUGUUGCCGCCAGCAUCCCAGCGACCAUGACCCCGCCCUCGCUCUCGCCCUCGCUCUCGCCCUCGCCCUCGGCCCCGCUCCCGCCCCUGCCCGUGCCCAACGGCCCCAUCUUGCUCACUAACAAGCAUAUUUGAUUAAUAAUUUAUUAUUAUUACAUUAAAAUAUACUUAGUAGCCUGUAAGUAAAGCUAAUUAACGCUAAUACAUCUAAUGUGUACUAAACAAAAACAGUAUUCAGUUAA